AUGAUUAUUGAUUGGCCAACGAUGGAUCACCCAAGACGGAUAGUCAUUGUGAGACACGGGGAAAGAUGUGAUUUUGUCUUCAACCAAGGAGGCGUUUCCUGGAUGAAAAGAGCUUUUGAUAGUAAUGGAAGAUACACCCCUUUUGACGUGAAUUUGCCACGAAUAGUGCCGAAGAGAAAAGAUGGAUGGCAGAAAUUCGCUAUGGACACUCCACUUACGGAGAUGGGAUAUUUGCAAUCGAAAUUGACAGGCAGAUCAUUGCGAGACAAGAAUCUCCGCUUUGAGCACGUCUUCUGCUCGUCGGCGUUGCGAUGUGUACAAACGGCGGUCGGCAUUAUGAAGGGAUUGGGUGACGGAAAAGCCCAGAUCAACAUCGAGCCGGGUUUGUAUGAAUGGAUGCAAUGGUGUAGAAUGGGAAGACCGUCAUGGAUGAGUCCACAAGAACUAUCGAAAUUGGGUUACCCAGUCAACACUCAAUACACUCCAAUUCAACGGGAUGACGCGUUAAGAAUGGAGGAAAAUCUCUACAAUUACUAUGAGAGAUCUUUCCAAAUCGUUCAAGAAAUCAUCCGAAAAUGCCCGACAGGAAAUAUUCUGAUUGUUGGUCAUGGAGCUUCCCUCGAGACACUCACUCGUCAAUUGUGUGGAUCAGAACCAAGGAAUAACGAAGAUUUCUUCUAUCUUUUACAUAAUACACCAUAUUUAUCGUCGAUUCAAGUAGCUGAGCAUAAAGGUCGAUGGUCUCUCGCCGGUUCCCCAAUCCCUCCACUAACUCAUUCAUCAAAUGGAACCUAUGACGGAGCUCAACUCCAAUGGAACUCAUCAACUCUACAAGAAAGAGUCAAAAAUCAUUUUGGU